AGGAUGCGGUGGAUGGUUUAUGUGCUGGCGGCGCAUGCGAUCGUUGCGAUGGUAGACAAGGGAGAAGGAAGAAAGGGUGCAGCAAUCGUGAUUUCCACCCUCUGUCUACUCUGUCUCCUGUGUCGAAGUGAUCUCGUUUCCUGGGCUUCACGUCAAGGAUCGUUGGUGUACUACGGAGUGGAUGGAUUGCGUCGGUACCUUGAAGAUAAGGGGGUCGCCUUUGUGGACGUUGGCAUUGCGCUGUUCUGCUAUGAAAUGCUGGGGGUUUUGGUCCUGCUAUCAUUUUGGUUGGCAUGCUUCGUAAUGCAGCCUGUGAAACAGUGCUUCUUACAACCUAUUGGGACACUGGUUGGGGUGACGCGGGAUAUAUUCGGCCAGGGCUUUAUGCGAACAGCCGAAGACUCUUACAAGCUUGUGCUAGAGAAAGUGCACUCCAAGUUUGCAGAUAUCGCUAAGCGGAUGCAGGUGGAUCCAGUAAGGCUAAGUACAGCAUAUGCGGAGGGUGCGAUAUGCCGGGGGUUGCUGAAACCAUUGCUGGUUCCUAUGAAACUUUACGGUGCAUAUUUGCUAGUAAGAGGGUGGAGACAUGUCAUGAUGAACUUAUCAAGCUUGCAAAAGCAAGUUUUAUAGCUUCAUUUUUUCAUUCUUUCUUCCUCUAAAACCAAUGUAUAUUUUUCUGUCCAUACACCCCGAAUAAACUUAGCUUUCGCAUG